AUGGAAGUAGUCAUUACAGUUAGAACAAAUUCCGUCGAUGAAGCUAUCUUAAGUCCUAUUAAAGCAAAUAACCCUUUGUGGGUGACGGAGACGAACAAUAGUGGUGUUGUUUGUGUUGCGGAGAACAAUAGUGGUGUUGCAGAGAACAAUAGUGGUGUUGUUUGUGUUGCGGAGAACAAUAGUGGUGUUGCAGAGAACAAUAGUGGUGUUGUUGGUGUUGUAGAGAACAAUAGUGGUGUUGUUUGUGUUGCAGAGAACAAUAGUGGUGUUGCAGAGAACAAUAGUGGUGUUGUUUGUGUUGCGGAGAACAAUAGUGGUGUUGCAGAGAACAAUAGUGGUGUUGUUGGUGUUGUAGAGAACAAUAGUGGUGUUGUUUGUGUUGCAGAGAACAAUAGUGGUGUUGCUUGUGUUGUAGAGAACAAUAGUGGUGAUGUUUGUGUUGCAGAGAACAAUAGUGGUGUUGUAGAGAACAAUAGUGGUGGUGUUUGUGUUGCGGAGAACAAUAGUGGUGUUGCUUGUGUUGUAGAGAACAAUAGUGGUGAUGUUUGUGUUGUAGAGAACAAUAGUGGUGUUGUUUGUGUUGCAGAGAACAAUAGUGGUGUUGUAGAGAACAAUAGUGGUGGUGUUUGUGUUGCAGAGAACAAUAGUGGUGUUGUUUGUGUUGCAGAGAACAAUAGUGGUGUUGUUUGUGUUGCAGAGAACAAUAGUGGUGUUGUUUGUGUUGCAGAGAACAAUAGUGGUGUUGUAGAGAACAAUAGUGGUGUUGUUUGUGUUGCGGAUAACAAUAGUGGUGUUGUUUGUGUUGCAGAGAACAAUAGUGUUGUUUGUGUUGUGGAGAACAAUAGUGGUGUUGCAGAGAACAAUAGUGGUGUUGCUUGUGUUGUAGAGAACAAUAGUGGUGUUGUUUGUGUUGUAGAGAACAAUAGCGGUGUUGUUGGUGUUACAGAGAACAAUAGUGGUGUUGUAGAGAACAAUAGUGGUGUUGUUGGUGUUACAGAGAACAAUAGUGGUGUUGUAGAGAACAAUAGUGGUGUUGUUGGUGUUACAGAGAACAAUAGUGGUGUUGUAGAGAACAAUAGUGGUGUUGUUGGUGUUACAGAGAACAAUAGUGGUGUUGCAGAGAACAAUAGUGGUGUUGUUGGUGUUACAGAGAACAAUAGUGGUGUUGCAGAGAACAAUAGUGGUGUUGUUGGUGUUACAGAGAACAAUAGUGGUGUUGCAGAGAACAAUAGUGGUGUUGUUGGUGUUGCAGAGAACUUAAUAAUGACAAUUAUCAGGAGAAAUAGCUUAGCCAGUAUGACUAGCGUAUACAAGGGUUACGAGGACACUGGUGCCCUGUGUGUUACACAGAAUAAAGGGGAACUACUCAACACGGGAGAGCAAAGUGCUGAAGAUGCAGAUAACAAUGCAACUGAUCAUGAUAAUGAACUAAAUGCCAGUGAGAGUGAGAAUUGUAAUGAAGAUGUUGGAGACGAUGAAGUGAAUACAGGUGCUGAUAAAAGUUAUUGGAAGGACACUAGCAGUGAAGAUGAUGGUGGAGGUGGAUGUCCGCCUCAGACCGUACACGCCACAUCCCAGAUGGUUCAGCCGAUACACUCGUUCACGUCAAUGUUUGCUGAUGAAAAUUAUGAACAGGUUGCUAGAGUUCAACACCAGCAACUGCAAAGUAAUGAAGAUGAAAACUGCAAUCGGGACGCCGAACUCACUCACACAACCAAGCCCACAACCAAUCACACAACCAAGCCCACAACCAAGCCCACAACCAAGCCCACAACCAAGCCCACAACCAAUCACACAACCAAGCCCACAACCAAGCCCACAACCAAUCACACAACCAAGCCCACAACCAAUCACACAACCAAGCCCACAACCAAGCCCACAACCAAUCACACAACCAAGCCCACAACCAAGCCCACAACCAAGCCCACAACCAAUCACACAACCAAGCCCACAACCAAUCACACAACCAAGCCCACAACCAAGCCCACAACCAAUCACACAACCAAGCCCACAACCAAGCCCACAACCAAGCCCACAACCAAGCCCACAACCCACACAACCAAGCCCACAACCAAUCACACAACCAAGCCCACAACCAAGCCCACAACCAAUCACACAACCAAGCCCACAACCAAGCCCACAACCAAUCACACAACCAAGCCCACAACCAAGCCCACAACCAAGCCCACAAACCAAGCCCACAACCAAUCACACAACCAAGCUCACAACCAAGCCCACAACCAAGCCCACAACCAAGCCCACAACCAAUCACACAACCAAGCCCACAACCAAGCCCACAACCAAGCCCACAACCAAGCCCACAACCAAGCCCACAACCAAGCCCACAACCAAGCCCACAACCAAUCACACAACCAAGCCCACAACCAAGCCACAACCAAGCCCACAACCAAGCCCACAACCAAGCCCACAACCAAGCCCACAACCAAGCCAACAACCAAGCCCACAACCAAGCCUACAACCAAGCCCACAACCAAUCACACAACCAAGCCCACAACCAAGCCCACAACCAAUCACACAACCAAUCACACAACCAAGCCCACAACCAAGCCCACAACCAAGCCCACAACCAAGCCCACAACCAAGCCCACAACCAAGCCCACAACCAAUCACACAACCAAGCCCACAACCAAGCCCACAACCAAUCACACAACCAAGCCCACAACCAAGCCCACAACCAAGCCCACAACCAAUCACACAACCACGAAGAUCCGGUAUGAUCACUCCUGCAGGAAGAUCCGGUAUGAUCACUCCUGCAGGAAGAUCCUGUAUGAUCACUCCAACAGGAAGAUCCUGUACGAUCACUCCAACAGGAAGAUCCUGUACGAUCACUCCAACAGGAAGAUCCUGUACGAUCACUCCAACAGGAAGAUCCUGUACGAUCACUCCUACAAUAAGAUCGUCAUGAUUGAUCCGUCAAGGAACAGCAACGCAGUCUGCUCUAAGGUCAAUACGAUGAGGCGUUCCAGAGGUAUUGAAAAGAAAUCCGACAGAAGGAAAUGGUACGGGUUCCAUGAUGGGGAUGCGUAUUCAAGAGCAUCCCCAUCAUGGAACCAUGGAACCAUCAUGGAACAAUCUCAUCUCCGCUGUAUAUAG